AUGCGCCUCAUCAAAACCUCCACUCUAGAGCUGGUGGAAUUCGUCGGAGAAGAUAUACCCGAGUAUACAAUCCUCUCUCAUACCUGGGGAUCCGAGGAGGUCUCGUUCCAAAAGUUUUGCCUACCUGAAUCAGCCACAUUGGACGGCUACAUUAAGGUUCAAAAGUUCUGUGGAUUGGCGGCCCAGGAUGGCUUCGAUUACGCUUGGGCUGACACCUGCUGCAUUGACAAAACAAGCAGUGCUGAGCUAUCCGAGGCUAUCAACUCAAUGUUUAGAUGGUAUGCGGAUGCUCAAGUCUGCUAUGCCUACCUGGCAGACUUUGCACCAGAGCCGCAUGAAUACGCUGGGAAAGACUGCCCACCGGAUCAAAUUACCCCAAAGAUCGAGGAAUGUAGGUGGUUUCGACGUGGCUGGACCCUUCAAGAACUUCUAGCACCUUCGAACGUAAUCUUCUACGAUCGAAACUGGGUGAGUUUUGGCACUCGGCAGGAAUUGCAGAGUCAAAUCUCUUCAAUUACGGGGAUUAGCCAUGAACAUAUCGAUGAUCCCGCCGCAGCCAGUGUUGCCCAAAGAAUAUCUUGGGCUUCAUCGAGAAAGACUACUAGGACUGAAGACGUUGCGUACAGCCUGAUAGGUCUUUUUGAGGUGAACAUGCCUUUGCUAUACGGUGAAGGUAUGAAAGCGUUUGCUCGGUUACAGGCCGAGAUCAUCAGAUCUUCGAGUGAUGAGACCAUUUUUGCUUGGAAGAAUCCAUCAAUGGGCAUUAGCGGCAUUCUAGCAACUUCUCCAGCUGAUUUUGCUGAGUCCGGCGAGAUCAUUAGAAUUCCAUAUCACCGGGUAAAGCCGUACUCUUUGACCAAUAUGGGUCUGAAAAUGCAAUUGGACUACCAAAUAUUAUCCAUACUGAGCGAAAAUACUUACGAGUACGAGACGCUUGAUGGGAAUACGCUUUCUCCGACAUCAUUGGGCUCUAUGAAUCCGGACACAAUCUGCGCUGUGUUUGCAUGCGCACGACUGUCUGAUCCCAAUGUGAAACCUUACAUGCUUAUCCUGGACCCCUCCAACCCAAAAGACCAAGGGGCUGUAUGGAGACUGCAUCCUGACCAAAUGUUCUUUGAUAAGGGUGCUCAUAUGAUAUCCCUAUUGACAGACACCUUUUAUCUCGGAAUCAAGACUACAUUCGAAGAUCGAAAUAUGACCAUUCCAGGUACCCCUUCCCUGACGAGCGUGGAACGCAUGGACAUCAAGUUGGCGAAAAAUUUUGAAGAACAGUUCUCUUUCGAGCCCUACCACCCAUAUGACGGGACGAGGGCACACAGGGUCCUUGCCAAUGGUAACGGCAUCAUCUCCUCAUUUGUAUCUUCUUUCUCUAAACUCUUCCAUUGGCGGCACGAAACCGAUGGCAGAGCAAUCAAACUGGAGGUACUAUCUGGCCCUUCGGGCAUGGGCCCUAGGUUCGUAUUCUGUAUCUCAGCUGGAGAUCAAGCUUGCAAUGACUCUUAUGAGUUGGCCAACAUGGUUACCUCUAUUGAUAGGCUCGAUUGA